AUGCUCAUCCGAGACUCGCGGAAGCUUCUGCUCUUUGUCGUCCCAGUCCUGUUUUUCAUCAUUGUUGCUCUGAAACUCUAUCUUGACCCCGCUGGCGUUCAAGACUGGGUUCCUUCUCAGCUCAAGAAGUCAUCAAAAACUGAAGAGGUUCUCUCUGACCAAGAGUCAACACAUGUAUCAGAUUCUCAGCCAACGCCUGAGGUAGAGACAGAACCUGCCCCGCAAGACGAUAGUCCAUUCGGAAAGGGUGUCAUUCCUCAAGAUAUAAGCUCAACGCACAAUGAACUCUUCUCACUAUCUACAAAAGAUAAAAAGUUCUUUGAGAUAAAGUUCGAAGGUUUCACUGCGCUCAACCCAAACGUCAUCCCGCAUCCAACCCUCGAUAACACAUGGAUCGUCGUGGCUCAAUGGCUACAAGAAGGUGGCAACUCACUCUGGUUUGCAGAGCUUGUGUGCAAUGCUGCCUUCAAAGAUGAUGUUCUUACAUGUAUUACCCAUGCAGUAACGCUUCCAGUUACUCCUACUAUAGGAGGCAAUAAGUGUCAAGGCGACUUGUUAUAUUUCCAUAUGAGCAUGGGUCCUCACGAUGGACGCGUUUUCUAUGGCCCUGAGAAGCCCUACACUACUUAUGGCACAAACUCGUUGUUCACCUGCCUGGGUCAGUUUGUGCAAGACUUUCGCACGCUCGUCAGCUGGCCAGGCGACAUGGCAAACCUUAGCGAGUUCAGAGUAGGCACUGAGCUUCAAAGGCCACAGCCAUGGAGACCCAUGGAGAAGAACUUUUUUCUCUUCUGGGACUCUAGUGGCAGCAUGUAUACUCAUUACGACAUUGCGCCUAAGAGAGUGUUUUCUCAGACGAAUGCUGAUGGUUCUGCUGGCCCUGACCUUGCUCCUGCUGCAACGGGCGAUGAGCAAUGCAUGGCCAAAUAUCUUCCCAAACUCACAUCAGAUCUUGAGUCUGUCCAUCAGACAACUAAUUCCCUCUUAAUCACAAUGUGUCGACGGGACGAACCAAUGUGCGUGCCGAAUGAUGAAAACACUUUCAUCAUGGUCAUAUACCAGCACAAGUCCUACUUUGACUACCACGCCGUAUAUGAACCAUACGUUAUGCUCUUCAAACAACGGGCUCCCUUUGAAGUCCACGCCCUGUCCAAGAAACCAAUAUGGAUUCAUGGUCGGAAACAGUAUCCUGAAAAGUCGACUUCAGACAUGUUUUAUGUUACUUCGAUGAGUUGGAAGAGUAAAGAGCAGAAGUACCAUGGGUUCAUUGGUGACGAGAUGUUUCUGGGCUUCGGUAUUGAAGAUACGAGGACGGGAGGUAUCGACAUCCGGGCUGAAGACUUGGUAAAGGAUAUGGGGUUGUGCUUUGAAGCUUAG